UCUUUUACUGGUUCUCUUUAAAUCUUCCUUAGUUUCACUUUCUGUGUCGAAGCCAUGCCAGAAGCUCCUGAAAACUCUGUUAAGGGAAUUGAUAAUCAUGAUAGUUUGAUUUCUGAUCAAAAUAAGAAAGCUUUUCAGUUUAUUGAGAAUGUUACGAUUCAUGCUGAUGCAGUGCAAGAGCGUGUUCUUGCUGAAAUCCUUUCUCGUAGUGCCAAUGUUGAGUACUUGAAACGACAUGGCCUUAAUGGGCAUGUAGACAGAGAAACUUUCAAGAAAGUGAUGCCUGUUGUGGUUUAUGAGGAUCUGAAGCCAGAUAUUGAUCGUAUUGCCAAUGGCGAUGCCUCUCCAAUUCUUUGCUCACAACCCAUAUCAGAGUUCUUGACUAGCUCUGGAACAUCUGGUGGAGAGAGGAAACUGAUGCCUACAAUCCAAGAAGAACUGGGGAGAAGAUCGUUGCUUUAUAGCCUUUUGAUGCCAGUGAUGGACCAGUUUGUUGCUGGUUUGGACAAAGGGAAAGGGAUGUACUUUUUGUUCAUAAAAGCAGAAGCUAAGACCCCAGGAGGACUUGUAGCUCGUCCAGUUUUAACCAGUUACUACAAAAGCGCAUAUUUUAAGGACAGGCCUUAUGAUCCAUACACCAACUACACUAGCCCAAACGAAACUAUUCUCUGCCAAGAUUCUUACCAGAGUAUGUAUUCUCAGUUGCUCUGUGGCCUUUAUCUUAACAAUCAAGUCCUUCGUGUAGGUGCUGUUUUUGCUUCUGGCUUCAUUCGAGCCAUCCGAUUCCUUGAAAAGCACUGGCCUCUUCUUUCUAAUGACAUUAGAACUGGAACCAUAGACCCCAAAAUCACUGAUCCAUCAGUUAGAGAGGCUGUCUUAAAAAUUCUCAAACCAAACCCCAAGCUUGCUGAUUUUAUUGAGGCGGAAUGUGGUAAAGAGUCAUGGAAAGGUAUAAUAACAAGGUUAUGGCCUAACACCAAAUAUAUUGAUGUUAUUGUGACAGGAACUAUGUCUCAGUAUAUUCCUAUACUUGAUUAUUAUAGCAAUGGCCUUCCCACUGUUUGCACCAUGUAUGCUUCUUCAGAGUGCUACUUUGGCCUUAACCUUAAUCCUAUGUGCAAGCCAAGUGAAGUGGCCUAUACCCUCAUUCCCACCAUGGCAUAUUUUGAGUUCUUGCCUGUCAACAGAAAUAAUGAUGGAUUCAUCACUGGCCCAACAUCCCUCAAUGAGAAAGAAUUUGGUGAACAAUUGGCUGACCUCGUUGAUGUUAAACUGGGACAAGAGUACGAGCUUGUGGUAACCACUUAUGCCGGGCUCUACCGUUAUCGAGUUGGAGACAUACUCAAAGUGGCCGGAUUCAAGAACAAAGCCCCUCAAUUUAACUUUGUAUGCCGACAAAAUGUUGUUUUGAGCAUUGAUUCUGAUAAAACAGAUGAAGUUGAGCUACAAAAUGCAGUGAAGAAUGCGGCAAAUCAUCUUUCAUCAUUUGAUGCAUCUCUCAUAGAGUAUACAAGUUAUGCUGAUACAUCAAACAUCCCUGGUCACUAUGUGCUAUAUUGGGAAGUUAGCCCUAGCGGCGAAAUUCCUCCUUCAGUCUUUGAGGAUUGUUGCCUCACCAUUGAGGAAUCACUGAACAGCGUCUACCGCCAAGGCCGAGUUUCAGAUAAGUCAAUUGGGCCUCUGGAGAUCAAGAUUGUGGAGAGUGGGACAUUUGACAAGCUCAUGGACUUUGCUCUUAGUGAGGGUGCAUCAAUAAACCAGUACAAGACACCACGGUGUGUAAAAUAUGCUCCCAUUGUUGAACUUUUGAACUCGAGGGUUGUGUCAAGUUAUUUUAGUCCUAAAUGUCCGAAAUGGGUGCCGGGUCAUAAGCAGUGGUGCACUGAGAACUGAAUAAAGAGAGGGCUUUGCAACUUUUAUGCGUCAUAGGUUUCGGUAAAACUAGUGGAAUUUGAACAUGAACUGUGUUGCGGAAAAACUAAGGAAUCGUUUAAUCCCUCUCAAUGUUGUUUAGUCACAUAUAAAUCAGUUCGUUGUUCUAAUA